CGUUCUCUGGGAGUCUAGCUGCCAGGAAGUUCAGGAACUCGGUCACCGCCCAAUCCCCCCUCCGUAUCAGCUAUUGUUGGGAAACAAGUCCGCGACAGCGAAACCAGCUCUAUCGAAACUUUAAAGUGUUCUUUGUUCUUAGACUUCCAGACAUGACAAGCAUAAACACUGCGAACAUCAAUUUCAAAUGGGACCCGAAGAGUCUGGAGAUCAGGACUCUGGCAGUGGAGAGGCUGCUCGAGCCCUUGGUCACACAGGUCACCACUCUGGUAAACUCAAGUAACAAAGGCCCCUCUAACAAGAAGAAGGGACGCUCCAAGAAGGCACAUGUCCUGGCAGCUUCAGUGGAGACCGCCACCCAGAACUUCCUGGAAAAAGGAGAGAAGAUUGCAAAGGAGAGUCAGUUUCUUAAGGAUGAGCUGACUGCUGCAGUAGAGGAUGUCCGCAAGCAAGGUGAUUCAAUGAGGCAGGCUUCUGGAGAAUUUGCUGAGGACCCCUGCUCCUCUGUUAAGAGGGGCAAUAUGGUUCGUGCUGCCAGAGCCCUCUUGUCAGCAGUCACACAUCUGUUGGUUCUGGCAGACAUGUCUGAUGUCUACAAACUUCUACUGCAGCUUAAACUGGUGGAGGACAGCCUCGUGAAAGUGCGUAAUGCAGGAACGGAACAAGAUCUGGGGAUCCAGUAUAAGGCCUUGAAGCCCGAGGUUGACAAGCUGAACAUCAUGGCAGCCAAGAGACAACAGGAGUUAAAGGAUGCCCAACACAAGGACCAAAUGGCUGCAGCCCGUGGUGUUCUCCAGAAGAACAUCCCCAUGCUGUACACAGCAUCCCGUGCCUGCCUGCAGCAUCCCGACGUUGCUGCCUACAAGGCCAAUCGGGACCUGAUCUACAAGCAACUGCAGCAUGCAGUUUCUGGCAUCUCCAAUGCCGCUCAGGCCACUGCCACCGAAGAUUCCGCACUUAAUCAACCGGCUGGUGGUGGAGAGCUGGCAUAUGCCCUCAACAAUUUUGACAAACAAAUCAUUGUGGACCCUCUGGCGUUUAGUGAGGAGCGCUUUCGUCCAUCUUUGGAGGAACGUCUUGAGAGCAUUAUCAGUGGUGCUGCCCUCAUGGCCGACUCUUCAUGCACUCGGGAUGACCGCAGGGAGCGAAUUGUGGCUGAAUGCAAUUCAGUGCGCCAGGCUCUUCAGGACCUGCUGUCUGAGUACAUGGGCAAUGCCGGCAGAAAGGACAGGAGUGAUGCUCUGAACACAGCCAUUGACAGGAUGACAAAGAAAACCAGAGACCUCCGCAGACAGCUGCGUAAAGCUGUAAUGGACCAUGUGUCUGACUCAUUUUUGGAAACCAACGUACCCCUCCUGGUCUUGAUUGAAGCUGCAAAGAAUGGCAACGAGAAAGAAGUGAAGGAAUAUGCACAGGUGUUCCGUGAGCAUGCCAACAAGUUGAUCGAGGUGGCCAACUUAGCCUGCUCCAUUUCCAACAACGAGGAGGGAGUGAAGCUGGUCCGGAUGGCAGCAUCUCAAUUGGAAACUCUUUGCCCUCAGGUGAUUAAUGCGGCUUUGGCCUUAGCUGCAAAGCCUAACAGUAAGGUGGCACAAGACAAUAUGGAUUUGUUCAAGGAACAAUGGGAGAAGCAGGUCAGAGUCCUCACUGAUGCUGUUGACGACAUAACAUCCAUCGAUGACUUCCUUUGUGUCUCUGAGAACCACAUCCUUGAGGACGUGAAUAAAUGUGUUAUUGCUCUGCAAGAGAAAGACGUGGAUGGUUUGGAUCGCACUGCUGGGGCUAUUCGAGGCCGUGCUGCCCGAGUUGUCCAUGUGGUCACUUCUGAAAUGGACAACUAUGAACCCGGAAUAUACACAGAGAAGGUGUUGGAGGCCACAAAGCUCCUGACUGACACAGUGAUGCCACGGUUCACAGAGCAAAUUGAGUCUGCAGUGGAGGCCUUGAGCGCGAACCCCUCGCAGCCAGUUGACGAGAACGAGUUCAUUGAUGCUUCCCGUCUUGUAUAUGAUGGCAUUCGAGACAUUCGCAAGGCUGUCCUCAUGAUUAGGACUCCAGAAGAGUUGGACGACUCCGACUUUGAAACUGAAGACUUUGACGUUCGCAGCAGGACCAGUGUGCAGACAGAAGAUGACCAGCUGAUUGCUGGCCAGAGUGCAAGAGCUAUUAUGGCUCAGUUGCCACAGGAACAGAAGGCAAAGAUAGCUGAACAAGUCGCCAGCUUCCAGGAAGAGAAGAGCAAGCUGGAUGCCGAGGUAUCCAAGUGGGAUGACAGCGGCAAUGACAUCAUUGUUUUGGCCAAGCAGAUGUGCAUGAUCAUGAUGGAGAUGACAGACUUCACCAGAGGGAAAGGACCGCUUAAGAAUACAUCGGACGUCAUCAGUGCUGCCAAGAAAAUUGCAGAGGCGGGAUCAAGAAUGGACAAGUUGGGUCGCACCAUUGCCGAUAAUUGCCCGGACUCAACCUGUAAGCAGGACCUGCUCGCCUACCUGCAGCGUAUCGCCUUGUACUGCCACCAGCUCAACAUUUGCAGCAAAGUCAAGGCUGAGGUUCAGAAUCUGGGAGGAGAGCUGGUUGUCUCGGGGUUGGACAGCGCCAUGUCCCUCAUUCAGGCUGCAAAGAAUCUGAUGAACACCGUGGUGUCCACUGUAAAGGCGUCGUACGUUGCCUCCACCAAGUAUCAGAAGAACAAAGGUAUGGAGGCCCUCAAUAUGCCCGCCAUUUCCUGGAGGAUGAAGGCGCCGGAGAAGAAACCUCUGGUGAAGCGAGAGAAGCAAGAUGAUGGCCAAACUAAUCGGGUUAAAAGAUCCUCUCACAAGAAGCACGUCAACCCCGUGCAGGCCCUGAGCGAGUUUAAAGCAAUGGAUAGUAUCUAGAGCCUCCGUUUUGUUUUUGUAUAGAGAAUCAAGCUUGGCAUUAUAUAAAAAAGAGCUUUUAACUUUUUUUUUUGGAAAUUGUAAUCUUUCCAUUGUUCCAUUGAUGUACAUGUGCGUUUGCCUCAUCUCAAUUCCAGGAGGCUCCUGUGCACUUUUUUUUUCUUUUUGUGUGUGGAAAAAUAGUGAGGAAUCAAUUGGACACAGGCGUUUUGUAUUUUCACAUUUGUUUUCUGUUUUGUAUGUAUGACCUAAUUUCACAAAACCAUUCUCAUUUCGGUUAUUACCAUGCUGGGAUUCUCUGGUGUUUUUCAUUUUGUUGAUGAUGGUCUGUUCCACAAAUAUCAGCUAUGCAAACUCCCAAUGGCCUUACUUCAAGUCGAGCAAUAAUUAUUUGGUGAAUGUGAGAUUUGAAUAUGUCAUGGCCCAACUGCAACAAGCCGAAGUUGCUACCAUGUAUUUGCACCUGUUCACACUUGAUGACAGAUGCGUCAUCUCCAUGACACAUUUUUUUUUUUUUGGUUUCCCUCAUUUUGUUCAGCAAUCAUGGCUUUUUUGGCCAUGUAACUGAGAUGUUCUUUUGACGCAUUUAAGCCAAACUGAUCCGCUCUUUAGUCCAACUCUUUUUGAUGAAGCCUUUUCAAAUCCAGUGAGCCAAACAAUCAAUGAUGUACGCCUCUUCUCUGCACAGCUGCUGAGCUUCAUUUUUUUGUCAAUGAGGGCAACCUCCAAAUCCUAAGAAUGGGUCCAAAUUGAGGUACCAAUCCUUUGCUCUCCUCAGACUGGGAGGAAGGCAUGCAAAGAAAGGGGUGGGGUUCCUCCCGAAUAUGACUUGUUUUCUAUUACUUGUCCUAAAGCUGGAAAACUGGUCCAGAUUGUAAAUGGGGAACUAUUUUUUUGAAACCUAGACUCAACUCUUUUAAAGCUUUAAAUUCAACAGCUUGUUUAAGUGUUCAAAAAGUCUGCUUUCGUUUUCCAUUCAAAUUUUGUUUUGCCCGUUUGGCAUCACUGAACUAAUCCCAGAUGGGCUUGUUUAUGCUCACCCUGAGCAUUUUCCCCCAUGCACAACCAAUCAUCUCAAAGAUUUUGUUUUUUUCCCCUCGGUUUGUGGUUUUGCUCUAUUUAAUUUUGAAAUAGAUACAAGUAAACAACUUUUGCUGUGUAUUGCUUUUUUGUUCUUUAUAGCUGACCUGUUAGUAGACACAAUAUUCGAUUCAUGUGCCUGCUCUGUAUUUCAAUAAACUAAAUAAAACCAUUCUCCCCAAAA